AUGGCUAAUGUACGGAUUUUAGUGUUUACAUCAAUACUGCUCAGCACGCUCGUGUUGGCUGGUAAAAGUGGCAAUGCCGCCUGUAAAAACUGCAAAACUAAGGCUGGACACCACAAUCAGCGGUUAAUAGCGAGCCCGAUUAAUCUACUCAACCCGGAUAGGUAUGAGUUUUUCACCCUCGACGACAAAGGAAAGGUGAUAAAACGGAUCAUGACGUUCAAGGAAAUUCAGAGCAUCGUAGCUGGAAGUGAUGUAAACGGGCUUAAAUUGUUUGCGAACAAAAAUAACAACGAUCGAAUUGUAUCGAGCGUUGUGUCCAAUGUACGCAAUGUCCUUAAUAACGAGCUUAAUCUUAUGAACGGUCACGAGCAUAAUGAAGUGGCUGAACUGCCAAUAUCGGAUGUGAUAAGCGAACAGCAUGAGCCUCCUCUUGUGACCACGGAGCACGUGUUGGACAAGUUUAGCCAAAAUGGAGAGGAUACGUCAGUGGGAAGCGCAACUUCCAGACCAACGGUACAAACGACGUUGAAGCAGAUGGAAAAGAUCACCGCACUGCCCGCCAUUCAGCUGAUCGAGCACGACUACACCACUAGGUGGAUGUUGAAAACAACUGGAAAACCAGCCGCCAGCACGACCCAGCAAACGAAGGAGCGAACAACCGAACGGACAACGAUAAAACCAAUGACAAGCUCAACGGUACAAGUUCCGACUCGUACGACAUACCAGGUCACGGAAUCUUCAACGGCACAACGAACUUCGACGGUUCGUCCCACGGAAAGAUCAACAACCGAGGAACCGAUAGUACGGCUGUCGUCCAAAUUAACGACACCGAGGACAACUUACCAGCCAACGACCGAAACGCGCACAGCAGGGCCAUCUCACAAGUCCACCAUAAGUUCCUCUGAACGACCGACGGAAAAAACUACCCCCGUUUCAUCGUUGAAAUUCUCCAGUGAUCGACGAUCUACAACUACGACGACGACGACAACAACAACUACUACUACUACUGUUCAACCACCGGAAACUACAUCGUUGAAAGUGACCCAAACACCGCCAACCGUUGCUCGAUCGACGGAAGCUCCACUGUUGAAAACGAAUGUGGAUGUUAAGCAGUCCACAAAUCCUUCUACAUCCUUCGAUCCUCCUAUAUUGAAGGUUGUCGAACCAACGACGGUAACAUUUCGUUCGCCUGAAACAUCAUCGUUAAAAUUGGCUGAACAAACGACGACGACAGUGAAACCCAUCGAAGUUGUAGUGACGAAAACCUCACCGAGUACCCUGGAAGCUGUGGUGGAGAUAUCAACGGAAAAGCUAACGCAAACACCGCAUUCUGUGGAAGUGUCCGCAAGCGAAAGUGCAAUGGAAUAUUCAAACGAAGAAUUUACCGAAAAAUGGAGCGAUAGUUCGAGUGAAACUCCUUCCUACACUUCGGAGGAACUCUCAACGGAAGCAUCAACUGAGGAGCUAGCAACAAAACAGUUUGAAUUUGCGAAUCAACCAUCGACUAAAGGUGCUGAGGAAAUGGAUGUGACGAAUCCAACCGUAAGCAGCUCAGUUGCAACCAAAAUUAAUACAAAAGCCACCACAGUUUCGUCGGUGCACGUUGAGGAGCCUGUAAAGGAUUUACAAUUAAAUUUGAAAGACGCGCAAAUCAAUGCAACGCCCAUUGAGCAGAUUAUUGACAUUGGAUCCUUAAGUUCAUUGCUCAAGGAUUCUGACACGCAGUUUGGGAACAUGGUGAAUGAAACACGCACAAACUUUGACUCAACUUCACACCCAGAGCUAGGCAAUGAGCAAACGGAAACGCCUACACUCUCGAUGAGCAGUAUGACCGAUACAAUACCCUUUACAACAUCGUUGGAAAUGGAUAGUUCCACAUCUAUUGAUUCCACCGACGAAGGGGAGAAUAGUGACCAGGACUCGUACGAAGCUCAGCUAUCGACACACAGCUUUUCCAGUCAAGAUCUCCCGUCUACAACCGACGGUAGCUUUAGGCCUUCGCAAACGGACCACAAACUAUACAUGGUGCAGGAUACAUCUACUAUUCCCUCGGAUGCGCAGCAUGCUAUCCACAAGAUUAUCGAAUCGCUUCAAUCGGUCAACGACAACUCCGCAAGUGAUGAGUCCGUUGAAGAGGAAUCACUCGAAAACACCAACUCAAUGGAUCCUCCCGGGAUGAGCUAUGAUACGGAUGCUCAAAGCUCAAUAAACGCAAUUAUACAAUCACUUGGACAAGGAACGGUGGGCAGUGCCGAUAGUUUGCUAUUUUCCCUCACUACUGAACCUAUGACGACCACGGAAGAGGACCUUACAACAACAACAACAACAACAACAACUCAAGCGGCUUCUACAUCGAAAACGAUGCCGGUGGUAAGUUCGAUUCCGCCAACAAACCCGACAACAUUACGCCCACUGGAAGAAGUGGUUCCAGCGGUACCGGAACAGUCGAGUAAUUUCAACUACAACACUAACAUUAUGGAUACAAUUGAGAAGUUUUUGAACACGUUCGCAAGGUUCCCAAGUGAGCCCACUUAUUCGGCGAACCUCACAAAGCUAGACAUUCUAAGCGAGUAUCCACCCGAGAUCAAUAUGACCGAUUAUGUUGAUCGUACGGCAACGGUAGCAUCGGUGUUGAAAUUCCUACCAUUUAAACCGCUUGCAGCCGAGUCGGUGAACGAUGAUUCGAGUGGCGUUGAGUCAUCGGAGGACAGCUCCAGUGACUCGGAUGCCCAGAUGGAUCAGCCCAUUUUAGGUGAAACGGUUGCGUCCUUCAUGAAGCUCGGCGAAAUGCUUACGAUGGACAAUAAGAUGAGUUCCACGGAGGUUCCCGUGACGGUGCAGUUGGAGCUGAAAACGGUUAUGGACGAGGAAGAAACCGAACUGCUGCGGUUCCUGGCGAUCUGCAGCAAUUUGGGUACGAAGGUGUACGAUCACCUAACCGGUGCGAUCACUGAGCAUUCGCUGAGCGGCCGUAGUCUCGUGUACUCGCCGUUUGCCACCAUAACCACGUUGUCGAUGCUUUUCCUUGGCACCCGGGGCACGACGGCGGAAAGCAUUAACGGGGUGAUAGGACUCGACGAGAUGACGUCCUUUAAUCCGCAUUUGUUUUUCAAAACCGUUGCCGAAGACUUGAAACCGAAGCAUCGUCGUACGCCCGCCAUUUUCGACGGUACUGACAGUCGAGAGCGGACUUCUAGCUUCUCGCGGACACUGUUGAGUGACGAGUCGCGUGGUGGCUUGCAGAGGUUUUUCAAAGCGCGCAUUCAGGAAAUCUACUCCACCGUUGCGGAAACGGUCGACUUCCGCCAAAAGGACAUGCUGUUGCGGCAUAUGAACGGUGACUUCCCGCGGGAUUACGUGGACACGCUGAAACAGCUGCAAUCACCGUUGGUGUCCAUCAGCAGGAAUCGAUAUCGCCACGAAUGCAAUGACGCCACGACGUACGGGAUGAUGGAUUUCAACGGAGGCCGUACGGAGACUUCAAACACCACAAUCACAAUGCCGAGCGUUACAUUCCGGUCGGGAUUCUCAACCGGAUUCUCUCGGGUGCUGGAUUCAACUAUUCUUGCCCUGCCCGGGUCGACAAGCAAUGUGUCCGUAUUCUUUUUGAAACCUUCCAAUCCCGAUGGUCUUGCCGAGCUUGAGGCACAACUUCGAACGCAGAAUGUAUCGAGCGUGUUGAAACUGUUCCCGGAUGAAACGGUGCGAACCGCAUAUGCUGAGGUGCAGCUGCCCUACUUUACGCAAAGCACUAUCUACAACAUGACCAGAAGCGUGCAGCAGCUGGGGUUGCGCAAUCUGUUUGAACCAAACGUUGCAAACUUCAACGGACUGCAAGAUUCGGCCACCUCAAAGCUGCACCUAUCGGAGUUUAUUCAGACCGAUUCAUUUGCGUUAUGUGGUGGCGAUGGAACUGUAGGCCGGACGUUGCCGUUCCGUAGCUUUUCGACCAAUCUGGCCAAACAGGUCACCCUCGAUGGCGGUAGACUGAAGAGACGCAACCGUCGAAAACUGGUGCGUCGAAAUCGUGCCGUUUUUAGUCCGCCGAAUGCCCCAGACAGCACGCUCGUGUUUGAUACGCCGUUUAUGUACCUGGUUAGACAUAAUCCGACUGGAAUGAUCUUGUACAUGGGACGGUUUGUGGGAAUCUCUAGCGAAUAG